CACCAAGGCUCGGCCGAGGAUUGGCUGUUCCGGGGCUGGAGCGCUCUCUCCGGGGAGCCGCGGCUGUGACCUAGGUGGCCGGUCUUGGGCAACCAGGUACGUAGGUCGGCGGCCCAGCUCGCGCUGCGGUGGGAGCCGGCGGGCAGGCCGUCAGAGAGGGGCUGCCGCCUGGGACCCGAACUCCCAGGGCCACGUAGGGCUCGUCGUUCUGCGAAGCAGCCACGUCUGAGCCCCGGGGGCUGACCCGUGCUGGCGAUGUUGCCGUGUGACCUCGGCCAGGAUACUCCCUCCCAAGCUCUCGUCCUGUCGGGGAACGCCGCCGGGUCCUUGUGAGAACCCUCUCAGCAGGAAGCCCAGAGCUGCGCCCGCCCUCUCGAAAGGCCGUGGAAGGGGUUGGAGUGGGCGCAUCUUAGCUUGCCCCAUCCCGAUUUGAGGUCUGUCGGCGCUGCCCUUCGGCGUGAGCACCCAGGAUGGGCACCCCAGCCUCUGUGGUGAGUGAGCCGCCCCCUUGGCAGGCCCCAGCUGAGGCCCGGGGCCGCAAGCAGGCCUCAGCCAACAUCUUCCAGGACGCUGAGCUGCUGCAGAUCCAGGGCCUGUUUCAGCGCAGUGGGGACCAGCUGGCCGAGGAGCGGGCACAGAUCAUCUGGGAGUACGCAGGGGACCAGCGCGUGGCAGAGGCCUUGAGGAAGCUGCGUAGGAAGAGGCCCCCGAGGCAGAAACUCCUGGGCCACUCACUCCACCACUGCAGCCGGCUCAGAAUCCCAGAGCACCAAGCUCCACUGGCCGGCCCACAGAGCAGUGCUACGGAGAUGGCUUCCAGCGAUCAGUAUCUGAACUCUAGGAGGUCAAGUGCCAGGAUCCGAAGGAACUGGAGGAAGCCAGGCCCCACCAGCUACCUCCAUCAGAUCAGACACUGAUCCAGGGAAGGGGCUGGAACAGCAGUGUCUCCCCCAGGAAUCAUAGGGACUUCUGCCAAAGGGCCUGGGAGAGGUGGAGAAGAAAGACUUGAGGAAGACAGCCCCACAUGGGUAAAAGAAAGACCGCUGCCACUAGCCUGCUCAAAUCAGAGCAGGACUGGAGGUGUCCACUGAGCUCUACAUUAUGUGGGACCCAUUCCUCCCCAGAAUGAGAAGAAACAGUGACGUUCCCGCCUUGGCCCUUCCCCAUCUGACACUAUACCUGGGCUGCAUGAUAUUCCCCUGGGGGUCCAGUGAUGGACACUCAAGACUGCAUCUCACCACUCCUGCUGCCAACCUCCUGCUACUACUGUAACCCGUGGUCUAGUAGCCUGUCCCACACCCCUGCCCCUGUCAGGCCAGCACAAAGAAAGUGUGGUUUAAGUGGCAAAAUAAAAACAUUUGCAUCAAGAA